AUGUACAGAGCAAUCCCGGUGAACAAGAGCCACAUUGAUUUCUUUUCAAAUCUAGAUGAAUUCUACGAUGUAAACUACUGGAGAAGACCUGGAUUGUUGCAUCGAGCCAUAGACUUCGUAAUCAAUCCUAAAGACCGAACGUCAUUUUUGCGAGAUGCUGAUAAACGCGGCGUCUACCUCACGACUAUUAUCGAUGAUGUACAGAGUGCUUUCGACAAACAAACAGUGAAGAGUUAUAUUAGAAGACAGAUGGACUCCUUCGACUGGAGCGACUACUUCCGUUUAAAUGAUAUCUACAACUGGUUAAAAGACUUAGAAAAGAAGCACCCUGAAGCAGUUAAAUUAGAAAGAAUUGGGCUUUCGCAUCAAAAUAGGAGCAUAAUCGCAGUAAAGAUACUACUGAAUAAAAAUAAAGAUCAAAGACCUAGAGUGAUUAUUGAGGGUGGGAUACAUGCCAGAGAGUGGAUCGGUCCAGCUUUCGUAACGUAUCUCAUAAAUCAGAUUCUCCACGCUGAUAGUUAUAAGGACAAGCUCUUAAAGACAGUGGCCAAUUUCUAUGAGUGGUACUUUGUUCCUGUUUUAAACGUUGAUGGAUAUGAGUACACUCAUACUGAUGAUAGAUUAUGGAGAAAGAAUCGUAACGGUCAGGGAGUUGACUUGAACAGAAACUUCGGACAUGCGUUUGGAGCCGUUGGUGUAAGCUGGAAGAUGAAAGAUGAACUCUAUUGUGGGAAUCGCGCUUUUUCAGAAAAGGAAUCAAAGGCAAUGGCAGAUUUCAUCAAGUCAAAAAGCGAAAACUUAAGAUAUUACGUAGCCUUUCAUUCAUACGGUCAGUAUAUGAUUUUGCCUUACGCUAAUUCUAAAAAACAUGUGGAAAAUUAUGACGAAAUGUACGGAAUAUGUAAAAGAGUGGCAAAGAAGAUCGCUGUAAAAUAUAAUACAAGAUAUGACAUAGGAACUGCUUUUGAUACUGUUGGUUACUUAUCUUCGGGUGUGAGCGGGUGCUGGGUAAAAAAUACAUUCAAAGUGCCUUAUGUAGUAACAUUUGAGUUGCGGGAUAACGGUUACGCUGGCUUUGCGCUUCCGCCUAAAAAGAUCCUGCCGACUUGCAAAGAAACUAUGGAUGGCGUACUCGAAUUGUUUCAUCCCUAUAAAGAUAAAGAUACAGACUCUAAUGUAGCCCAAGAGUGCAUUUACAAAACGACGUGGAAAGAAAUAAUGUUAAUAAUUUGUAUUGUUUUAUUGUAUUGA